AUGGGUAAUACACCCGCACGUUCAGGUCUCUUUUUCGUUUGUUUUUGUCCGUGAAGCAAUGUCACGAGUCCGGAGUAAUGUCAUCAUAGUUACAUGUUGUGAAUUUUACAGCUGUAUACCGAAAUAUUGUUCUGAAAAGUAGUGUAAAAGUGCAUAAAAACCUCUAAAUUUUACUUUGUAACCAUUUUUCGGUGAUUUUCCUUCAAAAUCCAAAAAAUCCGUCAUAAUUUCGUAAAUUUCCAGAAAAUCCGUCAUAACGAUAUUUUUAGUCUCAAAAUUUUCUGGAAUUUUUACACGGCCCAUCUAAAAGGGCAUAUUUUACAAUGUUUCAACCAAGAAAACUACAAGUUUCAAUCAGUCUCCCGAAAAUUCCGUUGGUUUUUCUAAAUUUGUUAUCUAAAAAAUUUUUUUCUGCAAACCGAACCCAUAUGGAUUUUCCUCCCGAAAAAUAUACUUUAUGUCAAUUUCCAACCCCCUUCCCCGUCCACGAAGAGUAGAACAAAAAGUCUUUUUGGUAUUUCGAUUAUUUUUGCCUCUCAUUUUUAGUUGUUGAUUUAUGUGAAAGGAAUUCUUUUCCGAAUCGAUUCCCUAUUCUAAUAUCCGGUCCGAUUUCAGAGAGGAUGGUCGAAGGGACGGAUCCGCAAGAUCUGUUUCUUCGCGGCUCAUCGGUGUCGGUGAACCGUGGCACCGAUCAGAAUCCUCAGCCUCCGUUGGAGUUCAACUCGAUUCAUGGAGAAUAUGUGAAGCUGAAUUCGAAUGGAAGAACUGCCCGGAGAGAGCAUUCGUUUUGUAAAGGAGUUGUUUUUAGCAACAGGUAACUUUUGAGUUCGUUUUCUUUUGGUUUUAGGCAGCACUUCGAUCUUAUCAAUCUUGUUUUAGACCUAUUCUGGUGAAUGAAAUAGUUUGUGUCCGGCUCUCGGAAGUCUCGGCACAAUGGUCGGGGGUCAUGAGGUUCGGAGUCACGAGUGUGGAUCCAGCUUCAUUCCGAGAUAUUGAACUGCCAAAGUGAGUUCUUCCUUCUUCUACAUAGUAUUUUAGGUUCGCAUGCCCUGAUCUCACUUCGAAAGGCGGGUUUUGGUGUAAGACCUUACCGGAGAGGUUCUCCGUCCAAGGGAAAGUUCUUCACUUCUCCGUUGACGGUGAUGGGAACUUGUCUUACGGCGUCAACGCGGAGAAUCAAGGAGUUUUCAUAUCGAAAAUUAAUGUCCGAGGACAAAUUUGGGCCAUGUUCGAUCUCUAUGGGAAUUGCAAGUCGCUGGAGCUUAUGGGUAGGUUAUUUUAUGCUUUUCACCAAAUUUUGAUAACAUUUUUUAGAUAAAAUAACAAUUUUUAUUUCAGAUUUUGCAAGAAUAAAUCAAGUAGAUCUACCUGAUAUUCGAAGCUCGAGUUCGGACGAAGAACUCGAACCAGCGGUCGAAAAUCUUCACGCUUCAGGUGGGGUAACCCUUUUUAUUUAUUCUUCUUGUUGUUUAGAUCUCAAAUUUCAUCGAAGACACUCUGGAAAUGUUGUUUUAACCAGGAAUAAUUCAAUUGCAACUCGGAUUGGUGCCGACUUUUGCCAAGCCUACGUUUUCUCGCAUCGACCGGUGAAUCCGGAGGAAAAAGUUUCGCUGUUAAUUCAGAAACACGAAUCCGAGUUUGGAGGUUCCAUGGCGUUCGGAUUGACAAGUUGUGACCCCGAUAGUAUCACCAAUGUCGAUGAGCUCCCUAGGGAUUCGGAUAUGUUAUUGGACAGGAAAGAGUACUGGACGUGCAUCAAAAAUGUGGCUGUGAAUCCGAAGGCUAACGAGACAGCGACAUUUUGGGUCACAGCAACGGGUACGAAUAUGGUUUAUAUUAUUCUUGAGUUGAUUGUGUUGCCCAUGAUAAAAUUGUGGUUCAAAUGAAAAAUUCUGAUCUUGUUUGUUUUUCAGGUGAAGUAAUGUUCUCCAAAAACGGUUAUGAACCCAGGACAAUCAUGUUUGUGGACACAUCUAUCCCUCUUUGGAUGUUUUUUGACCUGUAUGGCUCCACUGUCAAAGUGAAGUUGACUGGUAAGUUUUGCUGUUUUUUCUUUGAUUGUUUUGGUUUUUAGACUUCUCAGAGAUCUCGCUGCGUCCUCUAGUCCCAUUAUCUCAAUCUCCAGUGGAAUUAAAUGUCAUUACACCACCUCGAAGAUCCUCUUCAAGUGAGCUUAGCCGUUUGAAUAAUCUGGCCAAUGAAUACGGGGUUCGCGUCCAAUUGCCGGAAGAUGAACAUCUCACAGUCUCUUCGGCUCCAACGUCUACGAGGAGGUCGCCAUUAUCCGGAAGAGAACAGAAUUCCAGCGACGACAGCGUUCUCCGAGACAUUAACAGUCGGUUAAACGCAAUUCGAGACCGAAAUCGCCGCUUAACGGGUAUUCAAGUGGACAUGGAUCAGCUCAGAAAUCAGCUGGCUGAAGCGAGGACCAUCCCAGAGCAGAGCGACUCAGAAUCGGACGAUGAGCGCCGAAGAAGAAGAAGAGAAAUGGCGGAUAAUGCGAGAACAAUCGCUAGAUUGGAGGCAACUUUGGCCGCCAACCGAGAAGAGCUGACAAGAUUGUCCUCGAUUUUGCCACAAGGAACGAGCAGAACAGAACCCAGGGAUUCGAGUGUAAAUCGACGGUUCAGAGCUGCUCCGUAUACGGAAGAGCGGGCAUCAAAUGUUAUACCUCCAUUGAGAGUUCCGUAAGUGCAUUUUGAGAUUUUUUUUUGAGAGAAAAUUAAGGUUUAAAAGUGUAUUAUUGCUUUGUCGGAGGUGUAAUGGGUUUUAUUUAUCAAAUUGAGGCCUUCGGAUUUUUGGGAUAAAAGAAAUUUUAGAUUUUUUGGCAAAUUUUAGUGAUUGAUGUCUAAAUCAAUAUAAAAAAGUUUAAUGGUGAUGUAUUUUUUUAUAUGAAGAGGGGUUUAAGAGGUUUCAGGUACCUCAAAAUGAUGUUAAUCGCUUUUAAUUUACGCCUUUACUAACCGCUUUCCUUAUUUUUAGCAUAUUUACUUACAACAGCCCACCACUUUCUCAGUAAGUUUCUGCCGCUUUCACGCUUUCUGAAAUUUAGAAUCAAAUCGAAAUCUUGAUUUUUUUAGGUCAUAUGAACGGCCAGACGUCUUGUCAACGACACCACCGUCAACUAGAUCCGUCCUGGAUAGAAUCCGGGACAUGUCGAAUGCCAUGGCCAAUGAUGUCCCAACCACCUCGAGCUCGACUGUAACUGCUCCCGCAGCCGUCUCCAUGGCCUCGGAGCCCAUCAAAAAGCCCUCGCCAGAACCAGGAGCUUCGGGUAUGCAAGAAUUUUGUACCUUUUUACACUUGAUAAGACUUUUGUCAAGUACAAUAUUCAAAAAUGCCAAAAAUUUCAAGUUUUUUGCGGUUUGUGAACGGUGAAAGCUGCAGCAAAGGCGUUGGACAAGCUAGGGCACUUGAGAAUGCUCGUGCAUUCGCGAAAGUGUAUGUUUUUCAAUGUAAAUGCAAUAUAAAAGUACAUGGAUUCCGACCGGUUUUUCUCAAUUCCUUUUUGUUUUUGGUAAGAGUACAAGUAGAGCGUAUAUUUAAGCAAAGUACACAUCGGUUAAGCUUAGUUUUCUUUGCAUACCAGCUGUACGACCGCGGGGUAUGAGGAAUUUGGGUAGUGGCAUGUGAAAUAUAGGGAGCUUUUGGGGAUUUGAUGGGAUUUUUGAGUAGGAGAGGGGCUGAUGAACGUUAAUGAAGGCUUGUGGCUCGAAGAUGGUGCGACUUUACUUUGAUGUGAAGGGAAGAUUUGAUAUUAGAGGGGAUUUUCUCCUAGUACAUUUUUGUUUUGGGCUGAAGGUUAACUAAAAUUUGAUGAUUUGAUCUGACAGCUUCGUGUAGAGGCUUGAAUAAUAUUUUGAGACAUUUUCUUAUGUUAUAAUAUGUUAGAUGUAAAAAAUAAGAAAUUUUUCCAAUUUUGCCUACUGCAAUAUGGGACCCAUAGAUUUUCUCAAUGUGCGUUUUCGCCCGCACAGAUUGAUCGAUAUUAUAAAAAGAAUGCGCAAUAUAAUCCUACUUGGGGCUGUUGCAACGAUCGUAUCUGUAAUCCUCUCGUUUCUGAUGUCAGUCGCCCUUUUUUGUGAAAUGUUGUAAGAUACAGUACAAUGAUACUUUGAGGGAUUAUGAUUUGUCAAAUUUAAUUCAAAUAUUUGCAUUAACACCUCAUGAAAAAACAUGAUUUUGUGAAAUUCCGGCGCUUAGCUGUGGCCAUAAAAUUUCGAUUGUGCUAAUGGUCCUGGAGAAAUAUGUUUUGCGAUUUUAUUGUCGUCAAAUCGGGCGUAAUCGGCUCGUUUUGUAGCCCAAAGCGGCACCGAUUACGGUUUCAAAAUAAAAAAAUUUGGAAAUGGAAAUUUGGGAAAAAAGAAUGAAAAAAUCAUGUUGUGAAGAGGGGAGUGAUGGUUAUAAUGGAUUUGUACGCCAACAGAUACGAAAAACAGCCUUGGUUUGGAGGAAAAGCUGAAAUCUCUGGAGUUUUUAUAUUGUUUUUGAGGAAAACCAGGGGUUUUACGUUUUUUUAGUAUUGUUUUGGGGGUUUUUUUACUUUGAGCGUUGUAAUACAAACUAAAUGUAGUAACGGGGAACUCUAUAAACAAUUUUUUUGGUAUUUUGUUUUAAAAUAGCCGAAAAGAAGAGGUUUUUAAUCUUUUACACUGAGCUUUCUAUAAAUGGAAAGUUACUGUAAUAUUGUUUAUAAUAAAUGCAAAUAACGAUUGCGCAGUGCACAAUAAUAAGUUGCUUACAUCGGCGGAUGUGGCCAAAAAAGUGUCGCAAAACUGGCCAAAAAUCAAGAGAAUAAAAAACAAUAAUGGACGUUAACUUCUAACUGCAGUGACGGACCUGAUCCAGUGGCAAAAAACGUACCAUUUUGCAUCUGGGAAGCAUCAAAAGUCUAGCAAAAUACCUCCCUAUCCAAGUGGAAAAACUCCAAUUUCAAAAGCGUGCCCCAAAAAGAGCGGGCACAUUUUUGAAAUUGGCGUUUCUUUACUUGGAGAGGGAGGUAUUUCGCUACAUUUUUUGAUACUUCCCGGAUGCAAAAUGGUACGUUUUUUGCCACUGGAUCAGGUCCGUCACUGCAGUAGCAGCUAGCCUCCAUUAUUGUUUUUUAUUCGCUUGAUUUUUUUUUGGCCAGUUUUGCGACACUUUUUUGGCCAAAUGAAAUACCACUUGAACGGUUUUGGCCGGAUUGUAGCGACCCAUUGUUUGCUGCGUGCCAUAGUGUACCACGCAUGAGUUGAAGAAAUUUUGAUUACUACUUUUUCUACAUUUUUUACAACGUUUUUACAAUCUUUUUUAUUGUAGUUUUUUGUCAUGCCAAAAAAAUCGUAGCCGUCAAGGAGCGCUAAAAUACAAAACCCGAAAGUAAAAAGUGCGGCCCCGAGAAUAGCAUUGGCACUAACUGCUACUAAUCCAAACAGAAUUGUAUAAAAAACUGCUGAUGGAACACGUGAACGUACAAAUUUUGUAGGUUUUUUGCCUUGACAUAGGUUAAAAUUGGGAAAUCAGCAAAGAUAGAGGUGUAAAAAGUAAUGCUGACGAUAAAAAUAGAAAAAAAAUAUUGAAGAAAGAAUGGCACUGGAACGGUAUAGUAACUGUACAGUGGAAUUCUUUGUAAAAGCAACGGAAAGUAAGAAAAAAGUGGGUGCGAACACUCGAGGAUAUUUAUAAAUAGAUUUGCUGAAGGCUGAUGUUGAAAAAAGCCCCGUGGUUUAGCGAAAAAUUGAGAAAUCCGGCUGAUAAUGAUGUUUUUUUGGGCGGUGAAACAGAUCUGGUCGAUCGAAAAAAGAAAAAAAUCAAAAUGACUUCAAAUUUGAUGUCAAAAAGUAUCGUUGUGAUACGUUUUGGUAACAAAUUUUUAGUCUCUUUGAUUUUUUUUCGGUCUAUUUGUCGUCUAGAUCUGUUUUAUCGCCCAAAAACAUCAUUAUCACUCCGAUUUCUCAAUUUUUCGCUAAACCACGGGGCAUUUUUCAACAUCAACCCUCAGUAAAAUUUGUUCAGAAAAUCCUUUGGGGACUUUGCAACUAUCCCUGCGUUAAAAGAGAAAUUAAAAUGAUCUAAAAUUAUUGAAAAUUUCCAAAAAUUAGAGCAAUAUUGACCAAGUGCAAUAUAAAAAUCAAAAUUUUUAGAAGAGAAGAUCCAGGAUGGAGGAAUGAACUCGGAAUGUGUGGUAUGCAUGAGUGAUCGCGUCAACGCCGUUCUAUAUCGCUGUGGCCAUCUGUGCAUGUGCUUUUCGUGCGCCCAGGAAACGAUGAAAACCACCAGAAAUUGCCCACUGUGCCGACAAAUGAUCUACGAUGUAAUCCGGUGCUAUCAAUCCUAA